AUUUGGGAUUGUUAGAGUUAUGGAUGAAGCUAAGCAGACAUUAUCAAUGAAGAAUAAAGGCAAAUAUGAGAUUGCUUUCAGCUUGGCUAUUGAAUCCACAGAACAUGGGAUGUCUAAUCUGGGUCAGCUGUUCACCAUCCAGCCCCAGAAGGGGAAUUUGGGUCCCAACGAUCGCCCUACUCAGAUCCAGAUCGCUUUUCAUUCGAAGAAGGAAGUGAAAGUUGAAGACAAGCCUGUUUUGCAGUGCCAUGUGAUUGAGCCUACCCUUGGUGAAGGAGGGGAGGUCAUUGCCACCAUUCCCAUCAGAUUGUCAGUGCAGUCCUUAUUCACCAAGUUCAGCAUUGUCCCUCCUUCCCUCAUCAACUUUGGGCCAUUGGUGAAUGGCUCCCGGAAGACCAGCAGUUUCACCAUCGAGAACAAGGGGGCCCUGGAUUUCAAGUUUACCAUCUGCAAGCAAGUCCGCGAUGCAGUGAUUCCAGCAAAGAAAGGAAACUCUCAUAUCAAAACUUCCCGUUCCCGUGACACAGACCUCAGCCGGCAGAAUGCUUUUCCAGGCACAGGCAGGCAAAGCAAGCAUGCUGAAUCCUUGCAAAGAGACAUGAACCUCGUGGGUCAGGCUCGCUUCUCUCUUGGUAUGUUCACUGUGUAUCCGGGCUAUGGAAACAUUGCUGCAGGAGGCCAUCAGGUCAUCACUGUGGAUUGCUUUGCUGACCCUGUUGGGAAGUCUGAAGAAUACCUGAUCAUUGAGGUCACAGACCGAGACCCUGAAGACAAUCCCGGAGGCAUUCUCUACAUGCUCGUUGCAGAGUCCUGCAUUCCAGGAUUUGUGACUGACAAUCUUGGGACCAUUUUUGAGGAGCAUCGGAUCUGUAACAGUGGCAGCCUUAGCCAAGUGCUGAAGUUCAUAGGCUGUGAAGGUGUGUUUGUGACUGAUGAGAACAAGUUUCUCUUUAACAAUGUCCUGGUUGGGCACCAGGCAACAGCUCGCUUCAAGAUCUGCAACACUGGCCGAAUCCCCUGUGAUGUUGUCAUGACCACAAAGCUAAUUUCUGCCAAGUCCACUGCCCGAAUCAGCGACACCUUUGAGCUCCACCCUGUGCGCAUGUGCAUCGCCAGUCAUUCACAUGCCUUUGCAACUCUGACCUUCUCACCACAGACCAUGCAAACCUACCAGUGUAUUUUUGAGGCUUCAGUUGAUGCAGUGCCCAGUGUGGUUGCCAAAUCAAGAGCUCUAUCCUUUGAAGUCACUGGAGAUGGCAGCCUUCCUCGAAUCACCAUUGUGCGCCCUGUUCUCCGCAAUAAGAAGGGGAGCCCACUCCUCCUCUUCAGGAAGCUCCUGUUAGGUCACAUGGAGGCACUCCCCCUUGUCCUUAAAAACAGCGGCAGCCUGUUAGUCCAGUUGUACCUUGAUAUGUCAGAUGACAGUGGUGCUUUCACCCUGAAGCCCAGGCCCACCACUCAGUGCAUUUAUGUGUCUUCUCAGAAUGAGGAGAAUGAACCCAGUGAUGGAGUCCGAAAACCACACACAGCUUCCUUGGUCCUGCACAACGGGGAGUCAGCUGAGUUUGAUGUGAUUUUCCAGCCUAGCUUGGCCCAGCGGGUUGAAGGGCUGAUCCACCUCUCUAUCGUGGACAACCAGUAUGAGGAAACCAGCAUCCAGCUUAUUGGCGAAGGCUACCAGGAUAAUGUCACACUAGACAAUAUUCAUAGCCCGGUGGCAGAGACUGAUACAGAAAACUUUGAGGGGCAACUGGAUGAGAACACAGGAGAGGCUGUGAGGAUAGAACAUAUCCAGUUUGGAGACUGCCACAUUGGGAAGCUGUAUCAAGCAGCGUUCACAGUCACAAAUCACAGCAAGUCUGAUGUGAUGAGAUUUGAAUGGCCUGCUUUGGGCUCAUGUCAGUGCUCCCCACAGGUUGGCCAUCUCCAUGCAAGGUGCACUAAAAACAUAAUUCUGACUUUGAAAUCCAGCCUGCCCAUCACCCUCAGACAGCAGCUCCUCAGAUGCAAGGUGUCCAAAAUUGCCUUUCAGUGUCCUGCUGACCAGGUACCAGAUUGGGAUGAUCGCUUGCAUACUGUCAAAUGGGUGGAUGUGUCAAAGGGCAUCACAAGUACACGUCCAGCAAAAAAGAAGGUGAUAGAGACGGAUCCAGAACCUGCUCAUGUGACUGUGGAAGAGGGUAGCCAGGAACUGGUCCUUCGAGUGAGUGCCAACGUUGACUUUGCCCAAUAUAAAAUGGAGGUGGAUGCCGUGCAUUUCAGAGAUACAUUGCUCUUCCAAACAAGGGUGUUCAAGGUGGAGCUGUCCAACACAGGGAAUGUGCAACUGGAGUAUUCCUGGAAAGUAGUCAUGGAAGAAAGUGGGAAGGCAGUAAACUUCGCUACUGAACCUUUGUCCACAACCCCAGAAGGGGACCCAUCUGGAGCAUCAACUGCUUCCAUCAAGGCACAGUCUAGCCGACCACUCAGCCAGCUCGGAAGCAUGCUGGAUAGUUUAUCUUCCUACGUCUUCCCGGUGGUCAUCCGCCCUCCAUUCUUCAUGGAGCCUAGCAGUGGGACUGUUCCUCCUGGGAAAUCUCAGUCCCUCCAAGUGAAAUUCUCUCCCCAGGAAGUAGGAGAGUUUGAGGGUCGUCUACUCUGCAGCAUACCUAAUUUGAAGCUUGAUGAGCAGGGUCCGGUUGUGGCUGUGAAAGGGAAGAGUCUCCUGCCAUAUUGCCAUUUUGAGCUGGAAGACUCUGAUUACAUUACUGCAAACAGGCGCAACUCAGACUUGCGAGGACCAGGAGGGAUGAGUCUGGACCUUCAAACUAAAGUGAUUGAAUUCACCUCUGUAGGAGUCCAUGUCAGGAACACCAGGAGCUUUGCCAUCCUGAACCCCACCAAUGCUGCCUACUCUUUCCAGUGGACCUGCGAGCAGCAGGAAGAGGGGAAAGAGCCCCCAGCCUUCAUCUGUUUCACUGAGCGGGGGCUGCUCCGGCCAGAGAAGAAGAUGGAGAUUAUAUUUGAAUUCAUUCCCAAGCAUCUGGAUGUUACAGAAUCCUUUUGGACCUUCGCAAUUUUGGAACACAACAUCACUGUCCCAUUCCUCCUGGUUGGUCACACCACAGACCCGGCUGUGUCUUUGGAGAGAGCCCACCUGAACUUCCGCUCACUUUUGAUUGGACAUGAAGUACGUGAGAGCAUUGAUAUAGUCAAUGAUGAGAAUGAACCCUACAGUUUUUCUUUCCGAGACUGUUCCCGUUUUUCAGAGGGACGAAUCAACUGCUUGAAUUUGCAGCCCAUGGAAGGUUUGAUCCCACCUCAUUCCAGACUUCCAGUUAACAUCUACUUCAUGCCAACCCUGGAAGGGGAAGUAAAUUUUAACCUGAUCUGUGAUGUCAAGAAGAAAAGCCAGCCACUCUGCUUGAAUGUCAAAGCCACUGGCCACACCAUGAAUGUGUCUGUGAAGUGUGAAGAAAGUCAUGGUGUGGUAACUGAGCUGGACCCUGACCAGCUGAAGCAGAUCCACUUUCACGAGAUGCAAGUGAAUGAUUAUGCAGAGUGUAACUUCUCCAUCCUCAACACUGGCAAAUUCAACUUCAUCUUUUCCUGGGAGUUCUGCAAUGCCAGAAAGUUCCAGCAGUAUUUUGCCAUCUCCCCAGAUAAUGGCGUUGUGGAAGCCGGGGAGCGGGUGGAGGUCAUGCUCUCCUUUCACCCCCUGAAGGCGUUUAUCUUAAGGGACAUUGAACUCAAACUGCAGAUAAGCCAUGGCCCCACGUUCACGUGUGUGUUGCAAGGCUCAGUGUCGGCUCCCAGCAUCCAUUUCUCACCCCUCAAAGUGGACUUUGGCAAUUGUUUCAUCUACCAAGCCGGGAUGCCCAUUUCCAAGAGAACCUUGGUGGUCACUAAUAAAGAUGGCAAGAAAGCCAGCGUGGAGUGCUUGUUCACCAACACAGCUUACCUUGAGAUUGGUCUCCAUUCUGAAGUACUGAGUCCUGGAGGAAAGGUGGAGAUUCCAAUCAGCUUCUAUCCCCGAGAAGCCAUUUCCUACCAUGAAAUCAUCACCUUUGAAAUAAAUGGGCUCUUACAGCGGACCGUAGAGAUCUUUGGGAAGGGCAUUGAGAUGAAGAUAGAUGUUGUGGAACCUCCCCAGAAAGUGCUGAAAUUUGGAGCUGUCCCUCCAGGGCACAUUGUGAAGAAGGGAGUCACCCUAAUGAACAACAGUGUUACCUUUGUCACAUUCAGCCUGAGUUUUGUGGCCUCUGUUCCAGAGUUGCAGGAAGCAAAGGUACUCACUAUGUCUCCAUAUGGCGAAAUUACCUUGAAGCCCCAGGGAGGCACCUGUCACGUGGAGGUGACCUUCAGCCCAAAGAGCCGUAUCCUGCCAUUCUCAGAGGAGGUUCUGCUUGAAUGCCAAGGGCUCCUGCGCUCCAUCUUUAUUGUGCAAGGCUGCUGUCAGGGCAUUGAAGUCCACCUGGACCAGGAUCAUAUCCCUUUUGGAGCUGUGGUGCUGCGGAGCCAGGCUUCUCGGCGCAUCAUGAUGCAGAACACAGGAGACGUUGGAGUGGG